AUGCUCACAAUACUCGAGGAAGUAUGGCGACAUAUAGUGUCGUUGAAGCCAUCCUUUAUCUCCAGGCAUCCUCAUUUUAAUUUUAUAACAAUCCAUUAUUUUUGGAUUAUCGGCCUGACCAUUUUUGGCUCUAUCUGUCUAUACCCGAGGUCAGAUUUAACAUAUAUCAAUGCUCUGUUUCUCGCCGCUGGCGCCGCUACCCAAAGCGGGCUUAACCCCGUUAAUAUCAAUGGUCUGAAUACAUGGCAGCAAUUCGCUCUGUUUGGGAUCACGACAAUUGGGAACCCGAUCACCAUCAACACAUUUGUCGUCUUCGUGAGAUUGUUCUGGUUUGAGAAACGAUUCCAACAUAUCGCCAGGGAAGCGAAGAGGAGCCGGUGGAGCAUUGCUAAGACGCUAUCGAAGUCGAAGACCGGAGAAAGAGAUGCUGGGAGAGAGGAGAUGGGUAUCCAGGGACGGAGUAUCGUGGUUAUGCACGACACGACGAGACCCAACGGGAUGACGAAUGAUGGCGAGGUAUCGCAGGAUCUUCAAGACCAUUUGAAGGAUGCCAUUAAUGCACAUAAGGAUUCUAGUUCGUUACAUGAGGCUGGCGAAGCUGGUAGUGGACGGGUCUCAGACCCGGCAGAAGAACCAGACCGGCCCAACUUGCCGUCCCACCAGACCCAGAUUAGGUUUGCAGACCAAGUGAAGCCAACCCACUCCCGCACGUCCGACGAGCAUUUGCGUAUUCCCAUCCGGCGGAAUACUGAAGCGCAUAUCGCCUUUGUAGAACGCCAGCGGAACCCGGAAGAUAGAGCUGUGCUUCGGAUUCCGGGGCCUCGAGAUGCGGAUGCUGGUGUAGAUCCGCAGAUGGUCGAUGAAUCUGAUGCUGUCCAUCAGACGGUAUCGCACAGGAUGUCAACGCUCGAUUCGAGGAGAGGGAGCAAUGAUCACGGGGCUCUAAAUGGCGAUGAUCACAGGAGACGAAAUAUCACGAUUGAGGAACCGUCUCGUGUUGCUUCGCCCGAGGAGCAAAUUAUCGAAGAUGCGCGCGCUUUUAAGCACACUUUAAGCGUUCUGAGGUUUCGAAAGCCGAGAAUCAUGUCUAAUAGAGACAAAGUGCACCAUGCUGAUAAUGGCUUGCAUGCCUCUUGGUCGAGGAGAAGCACCAUUAACAGCAUCAGGCGAGCAUUGUCUCACGAGAAAGAGGAGGAGAUACCAUACCUAAGCUGGCAACCUACUAUCGGCCGGAAUUCAGCAUUUGUAGAUCUUACAGAAGCACAGAGGGAAGAAUUAGGUGGGAUUGAGUACAGGUCUCUGAAGUCCUUGGCUCUGAUUCUAAUCUUUUACUUCUGGGGUUUCACGAUAUUCGCCUAUAUUAGCUUGAUUCCAUGGAUCCUCAAAAGCAAGACUUGGGGACCAGUCGUCGAGCAAGACGGUCAAGGAAGAGUAUGGUGGGCUAUCUUCACGUCCACUUCAGCAUUCACGGAUCUGGGAUUUACCUUGACACCAGACAGCAUGAUAUCUUUUCAGAGGGCUAUCUGGCCGCUGUUGUUGAUGAGUUUUUUGAUUAUUAUCGGGAAUACGGGGUUCCCGAUAAUGCUUCGGAUUAUAAUUUGGGUGACUUCGCUAUACGUGCCUAAGAACAGCGGAAUAUGGGAGGAGUUGCGAUUUCUCCUGGACCACCCACGUCGUUGUUUCACCUUGCUCUUUCCAGCCCAUGCCACAUGGUGGCUAUUUUGGAUAUUAGUCAUCCUUAACGGCCUAGAUUUGAUAUUCUUCAUCAUCCUUGAUCUUGGAAAUACCAUUGUCACUCAGCUACCAGUCAGGAUCCGGAUCCUAGAUGGCUGGUUCCAAGCCGUCUCUACAAGAACUGCAGGCUUUGGUGUCGUCAACCUAGCUCAACUUCACCCCGCUAUCCAAGUUUCUUACCUCAUCAUGAUGUACAUCUCCGUGCUCCCCAUAGCAAUCUCAGUCCGUCGAACCAACGUCUACGAAGAGAGGUCCCUGGGCAUCUACGAGACCCCUAGUGAGGAACGCGAAGAUGAUGGCGAGCCCUCUUACGUUGGCGCUCAUCUCCGGCGCCAACUCUCCUUUGAUCUCUGGUAUAUUUUUCUGGGCUUCUUCAUCAUCUCCAUCGCUGAAGGCCACCGUCUACAAAGCGGCGACCCGGCUUUCACCAUGUUCUCUGUUCUCUUCGAGAUUGUAUCCGCCUAUGGUACAGUCGGUCUCAGCCUCGGCUAUCCCACAAACGAUUGCUCAUUCUCUGCCGAGUUUGGUGUGAUAGCCAAGCUAGUCAUCAUCGCGAUGCAGAUUCGUGGGAGGCAUCGUGGUCUGCCUUACGAACUGGAUCGUGCUAUCCUACUUCCCAGCGAACAUCUUCACCACAAAGAAAACGACCAACCAACAGUACAACGCGCGCGGAGACGCAGCUCAUCAGUAUCAACGAAUGGGAGAGCACCUCUGAGUACUGGUGCGAGGACAAGAACCAGGAGUAAGAGUUCGCAACGUCCCACACAGAAUAUUCUCAGCACCUUGCUCCAUCCUGGCCCAAUUAUCCCAACCACCCAUCGUCAUAGUCCUCGGAGUGAUAAGAACCAUGAACGGAGAAGUAGCAGAGAGGAGCGUGGAAGGGAGACCAGCCCAAAAUCGAUUCAUUAUGGCUCUCCUUUCGGAGGGCACAGCACUCGCGAGGACGAUGAUAGGGUAGAAAGUAGGAAGAACUCUUAUCAGGAGGAUGAGGAUCCCGAGGUAGCGGUGCAAGACCCCGCGCCCGAGGCGGAAAGAUAUCACUAA